AGGGGCAAACUCUGUUGGGGGAAGAUUCACACCACAUUAAUAGUUCAGCCGCGUUUGCUUAAAUCAGUUUGAGAAUUUUCUGCAGAUGAUCUUAUUAGAUCAGACUUUUCAUGGAACAACGGAAGAAAAUGUUUCACAUGUUUAUUUUCUGUUUGUGUUGGUGCUGUCUGAGUGGUGUGUUUGGUGAGACAGUGUCAGUGACGGAGGGCAAUUCUAUUACUCUACACCCUAAUGUUACUAAAAUACAUGAAGAUGACGAUGUACUGUGGAAAUUUGCAUCUGAAAACUUGCUCAUAGCUGAAAUGAAUAGAGCUGCUGGAAUCUCCUCCACAUACAAUGAAGUUGUUGAUGGGAGAUUCAGAGACAGACUGAAGCUGGAUAAUCAGACUGGAUCUCUGACCAUCACAAACAUUACAUCUGAACACGCUGGACUCUAUAAACUACAGAUAAAUGGUGCAAAAUGGUCAUUAAAAACAUUCAAUGUUACUGUCUAUGCUCGUCUGCCUGUUCCUGUCAUCAACAGAGGCUUUACACAAUGUUCUUCAUCAUCGUCAUCAUCAUAUUGUUCAUUGUUGUGUUCAGUGGUGAAUGUGGGUCAUGUGACUCUCUCCUGGUACAAAGGAAACAGUUUAUUGUCCAGCAUCAGUGUGUCUGAUCUCAGCAUCAGUCUCUCUCUACCUCUGGAGGUGGAAUAUCAGGAUAAAAACACCUACAGCUGUGUGCUCCACAAUCCCAUCAGCAACCAGACGAGACACCUGGACAUCAGUCGACUCUGUCACACAUGUUCAGAAGUCCCUGUCCAUUGUUGUGGUUCUACUGAAGCUGUGGUCCGAUUGGUCGUCUCUUCUUUAGUGGGUGUGGCUACUGUGGCUGUUCUGGUUUAUGACAUCAUAUCCACAAUAGGAGACAAGAAACAGAAUCAUAAACAUUGUGACAUAACUUAGAGUUUUAGUCUGUAAAAAGGUAAGACGCCUCUGAUGUUGUCUGUGGUUCAGGAGUGGCUUAACAAGAGGAAUACGACAACUGUAUCCUAAUUCCUUGACACGUCUGUGUGUGGUGGCUCUUGAUGCCUUGACCCCAGCCUCAGUCCAUUCCUUGUGAAGUUCACCCAAAUUCUUAAAUUGAUUUUGCUGGUUCUCUCGGUUGGUUGUGCAUCUUUUCCUUCCACUCAACUUUCUGCUAACAUGCUUGGAUACAGCAAUCUGUGAACAGCCAGCUUCUUUGACAAUGGAUGUUUGUGGCUUACCCUCCUUGUGAAGGGUGUCAAUGAUUGUCUUCUGGACAGCUGUCAGAUCAGCAGUCUUCCCCAUGAUUGUGUAGCCUAGUGAACCAAACUGAGAGACCAUUUUGAAGGCUCAGGAAACCUUUGCAGGUGUUUUGAGUUGAUUAGCUGAUUGGCAUGUCAUCAUAUUCUAAUUUGCUGAGAUAGUGAAUUGGUGGGUUUUUGUUAAAUGUGAGCCAAAAUCAUCACAAUUAAAAGAACCAAAAGACUUAAACUACUUCAGUCUAUGUGCAUUGAAUUUAUUUAAUACAUGAGUUUCACAAUUUGAGUUGAAUUAGUGAAAUAAAUGAACUUUUCCACGACAUUCUAAUUUAUUGAGAUGCACCUGUAUUAUGCCAACAAAUACUUUUAUUUUGGAUGCGAUUAAUCGUUUGACUGCACUAAUUUAAUUAAUUACUAUAAUACUGAUAUUUCUCUAGAAGUAACAUCAAAAGUGGAAAAAGUAGGUCAGAACACAAACUGACCACCAAAUGCAACUUUCAGAUGCCAUCUUUAUUUUUUAGCUCAACUGUCACAGAAUGGAAUGCAUAGGAUUGUGGGAUAUCAGGCAGUGAAGGAUACAUCUAUGCUGCCUUCAAAACUGAUUAGA